AUGCCGAAAUCGCGCGACCCGUCACCCGCGUCGCAGGACGGUUCCGUCCGCUCAAACAAGGCGGAUGAGGAUGCGCCGGCCGCGCCGCCAUUGCUGGAGGUGCCGGAAGAGACCACGCAGCCCACGCAGAUCACGCAGGUCACGCGCACACGCUCGCCCGGUCGGCUCUCGUCAGAGCUUCAGGUCCGCGCUAGGGUUCAGGAGGAACGCCUCGACACGAUGCUGUCAAUCGUCGAGGAUCUCCAGGCCUCCGCCAACAAAGAUCCUCUGGAGAUUCUCCCUUCAGAGGUGGAAAUCACGAAGACCACGCUUAUUGAGAUGCACUUGCUGUUUCACCAGGAGCAUCAAGCCUUGAGCCGACUCUGGCCUGUCUCCCAGCUGGACCACGGAUACUACAAGUCCAAGGUGGCCUCGCAGGAGGACAAGGUAGUACUGACCGCGCGCAAACUGAUUGCUCAGCUGGAGCACCGUCUGAGCCCGCCGCCGACCACGCAGCCCACGACGCCCACGCAACCGCCCACGAAACCCCGCUCACGUCUGCCUGAGAUCGCACUGCCCAAGUUUGAAGGGGAGUACAGUCGGUGGCAUCAGUUCAAGGCCACCUUCGCCUCCGUCAUUACAGCCCGCGACGACCUCACUGACCUUGACCGGUUCAACUACCUUAAGGGAGCCGUGUCAGGUAACGCAGCUCAGCUGAUUGAGCAUCUGCCCACGACUGAAGAGGCCUUCUCCUAA